AUGGCUACAGGACAGGUGCUAUUUCAGAGGUUUUUUUAUACCAAGUCUUUUGUGAAGCAUUCCAUGGAGCACGUGUCAAUGGCCUGUGUGCACCUGGCAUCCAAAAUUGAAGAAGCACCACGAAGGAUAAGGGAUGUCAUCAACGUGUUCCAUCGCCUCCGACACAUCCGGGAGAAAAAAAAACCUGUGCCUCUAAUACUGGAUCAAGAAUAUGUGAACUUGAAGAAUCAAAUAAUUAAGGCAGAACGAAGAGUGUUAAAGGAGUUGGGAUUUUGUGUUCAUGUGAAGCACCCUCACAAGAUAAUCGUUAUGUACCUUCAGGUAUUAGAAUGUGAACGUAACCAACACCUGGUCCAGACCUCAUGGAAUUACAUGAACGACAGCCUGAGAACAGAUGUCUUUGUGAGGUUCCAGCCAGAAAGCAUUGCCUGUGCAUGUAUUUACCUGGCAGCCAGGACACUGGAGAUUCCACUUCCUAAUCGUCCACACUGGUUUUUGCUCUUUGGAGCCACAGAGGAAGAGAUUCAAGAAAUCUGCUUAAAAAUUUUGCAACUCUAUACUAGGAAAAAGGUUGAUUUAUCUGAUCUGGAAAGUAAAAUAGAAAAGAAGAAAUUGGCUAUUGAGGAGGCAAAAGCACAAGCUAAAGGUCUAGUACCUGAGGGAGUCCCAAGUUUGGACAACACAUCAGGAUUUUCCCCUGUACCAAAAAAUGGUAAGCUUGUUCUUCUAGAGUCUCCAAAAGAGGUUAAAGGAAAUAAACCUUCACCACUACCUGUUCAGGCAAUGAAGAAUGCUAAAAGGAAAACGGAGGGAGCCAAGAGAACGAGUUCAAAUAGCCCAGUAAAUGGGGUUCAGAAGGGAAGGGAGAGCAGGAGUCGCAGUGGAAGUCGAGAUCAAAGUUAUUCCAGAUCUCCAUCCAGAUCUGCAUCCCCAAAGCACAGGAAAAGUGAAAGCUACUCCACGUCGAGCGGCUCCAAGUCCCACAGCCGCUCCCGCAGCCGCAGCGACUCCCCUCCCAGGCAGUUCAACCACAGCUCGAGCUACAAACCUUCCAAGGUGAGAAGCUACAAGAAAUCCAAGGACUACAAAUACUCGGCGCACAAGGCGCGGAAAUCCCGCAGCAGGAGCUCGUCCCGGUCCCGCAGCCGCUCCCGGGAGCGCUCCGACCACUCGGGGAAGUACAAGAAGAAGAGUCACUACUACAGGACUCACAGGCACGAGCGGUCGCGCUCCUACGAGCGGGCAGGUCACCGCUACGAGCGGGAGCACCCGGGCCACAGCAGGCACAGGCGGUGA